CGUCCCGCGCAUUCUGCAAACAGAACUCCCCGCGUUCGCAACUCAACCGGAAUUCCAUUUCCACUACACUCCCCUCGUAGUUUUCCCUAGUCGUUCCUAGACAGCAUGUGGUCGAAAGUCGCCAUCGCCGGUGCCCUGCUCGUCAUGGGAGGUGCCCUGUCCGUCAGCGUGGUGGACAACUUCGCCUACGUGGAUCGCUCCUUGCCGGUGGCCAUGCCAAAGGCCAAGGGUCUGGCUCCCAAGGAGUAGAAUACUCAAGGCUCUCCAGGAUUCCAGGAAGUGGAGGAUGUGGAUCCCGCGAAGCAGCCGAAUGUCCAGUUCCCUCGGCAGGAACUAGUGCCUUAAAGUCGGUGGAUGGGAUCCUUAAUUUCCAGCAAAACUACUCCAACUUGUUCUUGAUUUACCAGUUCGACACAAGUGGAAAGUAGUUUGUUUUGGGCUCUAAAAAAAGCCACUCCCUUCGUGCCCAGAAGAACAACCGACUAAUUUGUUUAUCAAUGUUUAAUUUAUGUUAUUAUUAUUUGUAUUUUUUUGUUUGUGAAAAUAAGUUAAGAAGUUCCUAAUAUGUAAGCAAUAAAAUAUUUAAGCCCUGUGGUACAUACAUAUCCGAAUUAAAUAUGUGCCCUUCGUA